AUGGCUUAUGGCGGAUUAUUAAGUAAAAAAGGUCAUGUAACAGAUGAGGUUUCUACGAGUUUCACUAAUCAAUUUAGGCAGCGAUUCGCUGUGUUUUCAGAAGCAGAUCGUGAUAUUAUUGGCGAUGAGCAAACAUGGGAUUGGUCGAAGGAACAGAUAAGGAAACGACUACUGCUUAUAGUUCCAAGAAAUGAACUUAAAUGGCAACAGUGCAAUGACGAUCUUUGCAACACACUACUGGACGCAUCGAAGACAGUUUUGAAAAAUAUACUGGAAGAGGCGCUGAAAAUGAAAAGAAGCCAUCUGGUGAAUAGCAUCGGGAUAUGCCACAUGUUUGGCGCUCGUAAAAGACGGUAA